GGACACACUGCGCAUGCGCGCCGGGCCCUUACGUUACCUGCUUCUCGGAGAGUUAUUUCACACGGGGCAGCCCCGAGGUACGAACCAGUCGGGCUAACGCUGCGCGGAAGCUGAGCGCUUGAAAGUCGCCUCGUUGCAUUUUUGCGCUCAGAAGGCGACAGUUUCUUCAUCGGAUUUCCGCCAUGAGUCGCGCAUCUGAACUUUUAAGGACAAUUUCCAAAUAGAGUGAAGUUAAAGGUAAAAGAAGUAAGAAGAGUCUUAGUGUAAAGGAUAAGUCCGUCGCGAAGACAUGACGACUUGGCAUUGAAGUCAGGUGAGAGGUGCCUGGCGCGAAAUGUCCAAACCCAUGGAUCAUGUGAAGCGCCCCAUGAACGCCUUCAUGGUGUGGUCCAGAGCCCAGAGACGGAAGAUGGCUCAGGAGAACCCCAAGAUGCACAACUCGGAGAUCAGCAAGCGCCUGGGAGCCGAGUGGAAGCUGCUCACCGAGUCCGAGAAGAGGCCCUUCAUCGACGAGGCCAAGAGGCUGAGAGCCAUGCACAUGAAGGAGCACCCCGACUACAAGUACCGCCCCAGGAGGAAGCCCAAGACCCUCAUGAAGAAGGACAAGUUCGCCUUUCCGGUGCCUUACAGCCUUGGAGAUCACGAGGCGCUGAAGGCCGGCGGCUUGUCGAGCGGACCGCUCUCCGACUCGCUCAUCGGGAAUCCCGAGAAAGCAGCCGCCGCCGCCGCCGCCGCAGCCCGCGUGUUCUUCAACCCGUCCGUGUCUGCGAACCCCUACUCCUUCUUUGACUUGGGUUCGAAGAUGGCAGAGAUCUCGUCCCCCUCCUUCCCGUACACCUCUCCGCUUGGCUACCCCGGCGCCGCGACCGCCUUCAGCGGCUCCGCCGGCGCGGUGGGGAGCGGGACUCACACGCACUCGCACCCGUCCCCGGGAAACCCCGGCUACAUGAUCCCCUGUAACUGCACGGCGUGGCCCCCCGCGGGUCUGCAGCCCCCGCUGGCGUACAUUUUGCUACCAGGAAUGGGCAAACCGCAGCUCGAACCCUACCCCGCGUACGCGUCCGCCUUGUGAUCGCGCGAAGACGCGCGCGGACUGAUGUGUAUACAUGUGCUCUUCCCUCCGAUACGACAUGUGUAUGCGCUGCAUUAUUUAAUUAAUGCCUUCGUGUAAGGCACUUUUUAGCCAGAGGAGACUACGAGAGAGAAGACGAGAACUUUCUUUCUAGGACGAAGGAACGGAGGGACGGCUGGGGAACGCGGUUGUUUUGACCACUUUCUUUGCCAAAUUGAUUUUGGACACGAAAAGGGAAUCCUUUUACCCCCCCCCCGGUGAAUGUGAAUAUCUCAACGUCAGUGUGUGCGCGCGCCUGCGUGUGUGUGUGUGUGUGUGUGUGUGUGUGUGUGUUUCAACAUGUUCGAAACACACGCGGAGGAGCGACCUGUUUGAAUCCCGGCUGUCACACAAUUUAAAAAAAAAAAAAAAAAAAAAGUCGCGCUCUCGGGUGACUCACUGCGUGUCUUUUCCCUUCAUACAUCUAGAUGACUGUUAACAAUUCAGCUGAAUAUGACUCGCAGCGAGGAAGGACUCCGCCACCCCGUCAGCCCUGUUUUUGCACAGGAUCGCGUAAAUGCAACGUGUAAUAAAACGUGUAAAGAUGUGUACAGUUGAAUUGAUGGUGUAUAAUUUCACUUUCCGCGCCUUUAGCUCUGAACGCGAAGGCCAACCCGUUUGUUUCGUUAGAAAACAUUCUAUUUUCACUUUUGAGAACCUGUUCUAGAUGUCUGUAAUAUUUAUUGUGUUUUUGGAAACCUCUGACUCCGAAGGGGAC